AUGUACGGGCUGCUGUGUGAGAGUCUUCAUGACUUCAUCAAGGAGUCGUACGGAGACGACGUGUGGAAGCUGGUCAGAGAGAGAGCAGAUGUCAGGUUACACUCCUUCGUCACCCACCAGGUGUAUAGUGAGAGUGUGAUUCCCCGUAUUGCAAAGGCAGCCAGUGGAGUGACAGGCACGCCCUACAAUGAGCUGAUGAACUCCUGGGGUGUCUACUUCCUAGGUUUUGUCGGGAAGUACGGCUAUGACAGGAUCCUCAAGGUGCUGGGCCGUCAUGUGCGCGACUUCGUUAAUGGCCUUGAUAAUCUCCACGAGUACCUGCGCUUCAGCUACCCCAAGGUGCAGCCUCCAACCUUCUUCUGCCAGGAGGAGUCUGCAACAGGGGUCACCCUCCACUAUAGGAGUAAGCGCAAAGGCUAUCUGCACUACGCCAUGGGUCAGCUGAGACAGAUGGGGAAACAGUUCUACGACACCGACAUCCACGUGGAGGUGCUGUCUGAGCAGAUGGUUGGAGACUACUCCCACGUCACCAUGAGGCUGAACUUUGACAACUCAGCCUAUCGCUACAUCAUGAAGGAGGAUGAGGAGGAGCAGGAGAUUUUGCCCAUUACCUCAGACUUCUUCUUUGAGGUCUUCCCCUUUAACAUCGUCUUCAGACAGGACAUGGUGGUGCAUAACGUUGGCUCAGGCCUGGCCACUGUCUUCCCUGAUCUGGACGGGAAGAAGAUCAAUGAUGCCUUCUUGCUGGCUCGCCCCCUAGUGGAGUUCACCUGGAACAUGAUCAUCUCCCACCCCAACAACCUGUUUGAGAUCAUGUCCAAGGAGCCUGUGAAGAGAGAGAGGAACCUUCACAACCGAGUCCAGAAUUCUGACUACGAAAAUGCCAAUCGCUCUGCUGACGUGGAUGUGGAGCUCAUGGCUUUCCAGUCCAUCAUCGGAGAUGAUUACAAAGACGGUAACAGCGCUAAUGCGAUGGAGAGCUGGGGCGACGGGAGCCGCUGCCUAAAACUGAAAGGACAAAUGAGAUACAUGCCAGAGUGGGAGUCCAUCAUCUUCCUGGGAACCCCUGUGAUGGAAAGCCUGAGUGCUAUGUUUAAAACGGGCCUGUACAUCAAUGACCUGAGCAUGCACGACUCCAGCAGAGACCUGGUGCUGGCGGGCACGCAGCAGUCAGAGGAGCUGAAGAGAGCCCUCAUACAGGAGCAAAAGAAGUCCAGUAAGCUGGAGGAGAGCAUGAAGAUGUUGGACUAUGAGAUGAAGAAGACUGAUGACCUUCUGUACAGGAUGAUUCCCAAGCCGGUGGCUAAGAGGCUGCGUAAGGGAGAGCCAGCUGUAAACACUUGCGAGGUGUUCCCAGAUGUGACCAUUCUUUUCAGCGAUGUCGUGGGAUUCACUCGCAUUUGCAGCCACAUCACUCCAAUGCAGGUGGUCUCCAUGCUCAACACCAUGUACACGCUGUUCGACACGCUCAGCGAGAAGCACCGCGUCUUCAAGGUUGAGACGAUCGGAGAUGCCUACAUGGUGGUAGCCGGGGCCCCAGAGAAGACAAAGUAUCACGCUCAUAACAUCUGUGACAUGGCCCUGGACAUGGUGCGCUCCAUAGACCACCUGAAAGACCCCUCUAAUGGCAACAAUAUACAGAUUCGCGUUGGGAUCCACUCUGGGAUGGUUGUGGCAGGUGUGGUGGGACAUAAGAUGCCACGCUACGGUCUGCACGGCGACACAGUCCACACUGCAUCUGCCAUGGAGAGCAAUGGAAAGGAGAUGCACAUCCAGCUCAGCAGCGCCACCUAUGAGCACCUGAAAGGAAGUCACUUUAUUUUUGAAAGGAGGGGCACCAUUACCAUCAAGGGGAAUGUUGAAAUCGAGACCUACUGGCUGAAAGGAAAGAGGGACAAAGACGGGAAUGCUCAGGCAGCGUGUCCUCAGUUUGAGACCCAGACCAUCAGCAAAGCCAUCAGCAAGGCCACCAUCUCAGGCCCGGAGGCCGCAGGGGACGAGGAGGGACUGGUUUUCCCUCUGGUGGCAGGGGAGGACGAGGACGACGUCAAGUCUAUUCGCUCUCAUCGCAUCAAGAUGGAGAUUUCUGGCCACUCUCUGGAGGAGUCGAUGGAGGAAUGCCGGGUGGAGGAGAUGUCGGUCCAUAAGUCCCACUAUAAGGAUGCUUUGCAGGACAGCCUGCUGGACUCUCACCUGGAACUGGACUCACCAGAGUCUGACGGCAGAGACUCCAUCAUGGAGUCCCGCGACAGCUCCUGUGACUCCCGCUGCUCCAAGAGCGCCAUGUGCUCCGUGUCUUGA